GCCAGUGGCGGUGAGGGCUCAUGCUCGGUCCGACCAUGAACAAACAGGACGUGCAGCUAGUGAACGAAGGGGAUAUAGACCAUCUCGUGGCUCGUCUGAAGGCAUAUGGCCCAAUCACAGCAAAGCGCCUGUGCUACGUCAAGAAAAGGGAUGCGCAUCAGCGUUACGCGGUGUCUUCUGCUCCUUAUUCAGAGCGGUAUCAACAAGUGCAAGCAUUGGAUCUACGCAAGCCCCGACACGUCGAAGCCGCUGGUGUCUAUUGUAAUCACGUUGGCCGCGCCUGACUGGCACGUGGUCGAUGCUUUCGCGCCGGACGACGCAGCCAGCAUGCGUCGCCUGACUGCCGCCAUGCUGGCGCCUGAGCUGCACGAGCGAUUGUGGCGGGUGCCGUUCCGUGCCGACCGCUGGCCCUGCUACCUGGAGCCGGUGCUGGAUCACGUCUGUCACCAGAGAGGGUUCAGCUCCAGACACCUCAGCGCUGUCGCUCGGUUGUUCGUCAAGGAGGUGCCAACGUCGGCCAAAGAUGUGCCGACCUGCUGCCCGCCGGGCGUCUCUGUGAGGCCUUUGAACAGUAUCCACCUGGACACCGUCAAGCGCUUCUGGCCGUACACCGCGGUUACCGCCGAUGCCGACGGUGAGAUGCGUGACGGCAUGACGGUGGGCCUCAGCGUCGGCGUGUUCGUCGCCGCCGACAAUGACGUGGCGUCAUCACCUGACGGCGAGCUCGUCUGCUGGGUGCUGCUCAACAGAAACGCGUUUCUGGGCUUCCUGCACACGCUGGAGUCGCACCGGCGGCGAGGCUUGGCGCGGGUGGCGAUGGCCGAGCUCACCCGGCUCUGCCUGCAGCGCCGCCUGCCCUGCCUGGUCACAACUGCCGUGCCGUCCGUGAUGCACAUGAUGGAGCCGCUAGGCUACAGUUCGGUGUGCGACGUGUUCUGGGCGCAAGCCCACUCAGCAGAAGUCGGUGCGACGCAGGAAACUGGGUCAGACGAGGGCGCCCACCAGCCGAGCGGUCCGGGGUAAACAUCAUCGUAGCGCGUACAACCUGCUGAAGAAUCUGGCGACCUGGUUUACUAAUGUCAAUGAUCAACUCAUGUUAAGGCGUUCAGCUAAGUCAUCCAUCCAACGAUCUGCUUCAACUUAAUUAGUUCAGCAAGAGUCACAAACAGCAGUGCGCUGAUAACGUAUGGCAUGAACGCGCGAGCAAAUACUCGGAGUCUUGUGACCCAAUGACCCGAUACUCAUGUAAAUGUGGCUUGCGACAGUUUCCAUUUAAGUGGUUGGGUACAGUGCCCUGCGGACCUCCGGAUGGCUUUUGACAUCUUCCGAACAGAGUCAGUCUGGUCUGGAGCAAACCUGCGCUUAGCACACAGCCCUUAGUAAUUAACGAAUCCAUGUGACGAUAGAACAUUCCACGUGGCAAUACAUUUCACAAAUCGAAGG